AUGCUCCCAGAGGGGAAUGAAAUAGCUGUGGAAAGACUGUCCAAAAGUUCUGAAAAAGGCUUAGAAGAGUUCAAGAAUAUGGUGGCGUCGAAUGCAAAAUUCCCUCACAGUAAUCUUGUUAGGGUUUUGGGAUGUUGCAUUGAAGGAGAAGAGAAGUUGUUGGUCUAUGAGUACAUGCCCAACGAAAGCUUGGAUGCCAUUCUCCCCGAUCAAACCAAACAGUCGGUGCUGAACUGGACGAAACGGUUACGCAUUGUAGAAGAGAUUGCUGAAGGACUUCGUCAUCUACAUGAAUGUCCUAGAUUGAAGAUUAACUACCAGGAUUUGAAGCCCGCUAGGAUACUGCUGGAUAGUAAGAAUCUCAAAAUUUCGGACUUCGGCAUGGCGAGGAUAUUUGGAGGAAAUCAAAUCCAAGAAAAUACAAGUAGGGCUGUUGGGACAUAG